AUGAAUUUCAACCGGCUCGCUGUUGACCGUCGGAAGGAAAGCACACUACUGGAGAGACAGGACUUGGCGAGAAAACCGCCGACACCCAAGAACCAACACAAGAUGUCAUCAAGCUCAUCCUCAAUCGAUCAAUCAACCCAAUCUCCCACCGGAUCCCAACCGCCAUCACUCGACUCAUCGAAUAGCUCCUCACCACCCGGGGAUUCUCGAGCACCUCUAGGCAUGCUAUCAAUCGAUCUGGAGCCAGGCAGUGCAUAUGAUCCCUCACUCGAUGGCACAUCCGUUGCGUCAGACGUCUCCAACGGAGUACGUCCAACAGAUAAAAGUCAACUCAGUGAAGAAACCAUAGCUGAAGCCCUUCGCCUGAAAAGUGAGGCCAACAAGCGGUUUACCGCAUCUCAAUACCAGGAGGCUCUCGACCUGUAUACCCUCUCUAUCAACCUGAACCCAUUUGACGCAACCGUUUGGUGCAACCGUUCUGCCGUCCGGUUGAAGCGAGAAGAACAUGGCUUGGCAAUCAUGGAUACCUCCAAGGCUAUUGAGUUGGACCCCAAAUAUGUCAAGGCAUACUUCAGGAGAGCAACUGCUCAAUUGAGUAUCAUGAAACCUCAGUUAGCAAUCAAGGAUUUCAAAAAAUGCAUGUCUCUCGAUCCCGGCAAUGCCGCCGCGAAAGUUCAACUAGAUGCUACAACGAAACUGGUCAGAAGGUUGGAUUUCGAAAAGGCAAUAGCCUCAGAAGAUGAGGAAGCGACCUCGAAACGGAUCCAGAAGCUAAUCUCAGAAGGUGCUUGCGAACUUGACAGUUCAUAUGCUGGGCCAAUGUUGGAAAAAACAGGGAAUGGCUGGAAACCUUCAUUGAAGUUCAUUGAGGAAAUGCUCGAGUGGUUCAAAGCAGGUAAAACAUUGCCCAAACGAUGGAUAUACGAGAUUAUCUUAGGAUGUUACGAAAUUUUGAAGAAAGAAGCUAGUUUGACUGAAUACACGAUCCCCAAAGGUGAAACUUGCGAUGUAAUCGGAGAUACUCAUGGUCAAUUCUUCGAUGUUCUACAUCUACUUUCGUUAACUGGUCUCCCCUCUGAAACACAUGCUCUCGUUUUCAAUGGUGAUUUUGUCGAUCGGGGAAGCUGGAGCACAGAAGUUGUCUUGACAGUGUUUGCAUUGAAAUGGUAUAUGCCCCACAAGGUUUUCCUUAACCGAGGCAACCACGAGACCGCUGAUAUGAAUAAGGUUUACGGAUUUGAAGGCGAGACCAAAAAGAAAUACAGUGAACUUUGCUACAAGUUAUUUGAAGAAGUAUUCUGUGCCUUGCCACUGUGUUGUCUCGUGACUGCCUCUCAGCAACCCGAAUCAACCUUGGUAUCCAAGAUCCCAGCAAAACCGUUUUUUGAUCCGCAAGGGCGGAAGCGGUUCUUCAUCGUCCAUGGGGGCUUGUUUUCGAAGGACGAAGUGACGUUUGAUGAGUUACGGAAGAUUCCUAGGAUGGUCAAGAAACAGCCGGGAAGCGAGGGCUUGAUGAUGGAGUGUCUUUGGACCGAUCCUCAGGACGCUCCGGGGCGUGGGCCAUCUAAACGCGGUGUCGGAUUGGGCUUCGGACCUGAUAUUACCGAGAAUUGGUGCCGUCAUUCCGGUGUCACUGCUGUUAUCCGAUCGCAUGAAGUGCGAGACGCGGGUUAUUCGAUAGAACACGACGGCCGAUGUAUCACUGUUUUCUCAGCGCCGAAUUAUGUUGAUCAAGUAGGUAACCAGGGCGGCUUCGUUCGGAUUAAUGAGCAUGGAACCUUGGAGUUCACUUCUUACAAGCACCAGCCUCAUCCGAAUAUCAAGCCAAUGGCUUACGCGGGCGGGUUUAUGGGCUUGGGUGGAAUGAUUUGAUUCACCUUUUGUGUUUAUUUACAUCAUCAUAGAUUUUGGGAAAUCAACCUAUUUACAUUUCAAUUUCUUUGUACACGUGUCUGCCCAGUGUCUGGUAGUUGAGUAGGCCCAGUUCAAAAGGUUCUGGAUUUUUCCAAAAGAAAUCCACAAUGAUAUUGAAAUCGUCCCAAGUUA